AUGGCAGCGCAUGGUGUACAGACAUUAAUUUAUUCUAGUACAUGUGCAACUUACGGAGAACCUGAAAAGAUGCCAAUUACAGAAGAAACUCCACAGCUUCCCAUUAAUCCGUAUGGAAAAGCAAAGAAGAUGGCUGAAGACAUUAUUCUUGAUUUUCAUAAGAACUCAAAUAUGGCCGUUAUGAUCCUAAGAUACUUCAAUGUAAUUGGUUCAGAUCCAGAGGGUAGGUUAGGAGAGGCUCCUAGACCAGAACUGAGAGAGCAUGGUCGGAUAUCUGGUGCUUGUUUUGAUGCAGCUCGGGGUAUUAUUCCUGGACUUAAGGUUAGAGGAACUGACUAUAAAACUCCUGAUGGGACUUGCAUUCGGGACUAUAUUGAUGUUACUGAUCUGGUUGAUGCUCAUGUGAAAGCACUCGAGAAGGCGACACCUGGAAAAGUUGGAAUUUAUAAUGUAGGAACAGGAAGAGGUAGAUCGGUCAAGGAGUUUGUUGAGGCAUGUAAGAAGGCAACAGGGGUGAGUAUCAAGGUCGAGUACCUUGCGCGCCGACCUGGUGACUAUGCUGAAGUAUUCAGUGAUCCAACAAAGAUCCGCCGUGAGCUGAACUGGACAGCAAAAUACACUGAUCUUCAAGAGAGUCUGCAGAUUGCGUGGAGAUGGCAGAAGUCGCAUCGCCAGGGGUAUGGGUCUUCUUUAACGAUGGCUUCUUAA